AAUUUCAUAAAUGUUCACACAACUUUACUCCCUCGGUCUAUUUUUAGUUUUUAUCCCGAAUCAUGUCGAUUCGGAGCCAAUUCGAAGUCAGACGAAUAGUCUGGAAUGCUCGGAAAAGGAUUUGCUGAUUAUGGAAGGAAAAUGCUCAAGAUAUGUGAAUGAAUAUACACUUUUAUCAGAAGAAUAUAAUUUGGAAGAUGUUACUGCAGAUAUUGCAAAAAAUAUGAGUUAUGUCUGCGAUCGUAUUACGAAUUGUUUUGAUGAAAUUCCAUGUGAUGAAGCUCAAAAGUUCAAAAGAAUUUAUGAACAGAAAUGUGAAAAAGACGAAUUCAGAAACUAUAAAAUGACGAAUUGUGUUAAUAAGUUAUACGAUAGUAUCUAUUUGAAUUCUAACAAUUGCAGCAAAGCCUAUCAGUAUUUUUCAAAAGACCUCAGGGUUAGACGAGAAGCAUAUUCAAGCGGAGAGUCCUGUAUUGUCGACAUCGCAGAAGCAGUUUGCGUUGAAGAGACUGCUUUGACAUAUCUCAACACAAAAUAUGAUCAGUUCGUGGAUAUCAUGAGUAUUAAACCGGACUCUGAGCACUGUACUUCACUGCAUGACGAAUUAUUCUCGAGGCAAUGUGAGCCAAUGAUUAUGAAAAGAGAAAAGGACCAAGUGUUGGAACAGAUGAACGGAUUAUUCAGUAUUCUCCGAUCGUCAAAAAAAACUGAAGAAGAGAAACAACAAGUGAAAUGUGAAGAUAUUACGGAAUGCAUGAAAGAUGCUUGCUACAACUCUCAUGACUCCAUAAACAAAUUCGAACAAAGCUGCUCCGACAAGGACAAUGAUUCGUUCGAUAAAUGUUAUCGAAAACUGUUAACAAGCCCAGAAAGCAUUAUGUACAACUGUCCAAAUGCCAAUAGUACCAAGAACUCAACUGUUUCACUAUUGGACAUGUUGAGACUAAACCGAUUUUCGGAUAAUAAAGAGUGCACUAGAACUCUAAUGGCCAAAAUCUGCACUCCUGAAGCGAUGAAAACGUUUGAUAAAGAUUGGGGAGACCACCAGAGAAGAAUGGCAGAACGGAAUUAAAAUUAUUCAGUCAUAUAAAUGUUAUUUUAAGCCCAAUAAAAGUUAACUGAUUUGGCAAUU